AUGAAUAUUCCCGCCUUGAAUCAGCGUUCAAACUCUGUUACCUUGAAAGCUGUACUUCUUGGUGAAAGCAAAGUCGGAAAAACUUCACUUUGCUCACGCUAUGUUAGUGGCGACUGGGAUUCUAACACAGCAGCAACAAUAUCUGCUUCUUGCUUCAACAAAGAUCUCACAGUCGAUGACUCAAAAGUGAAAUUUUACAUAUGGGAUACAGCUGGGCAAGAACAGUUCCGCUCAAUCUCUCCUAUUUAUUACAGAUCUGCCCAUGUCGCAAUUAUUGUUUUUGAUUUGACAGCAAUUCCAACAAUAGACGUUGCAAACUUUUGGGUAAACGAACUUAGAAACAAUGGGCCAGCAGGAAUUCCUUUAAUUGCAAUCGGAAAUAAAUCUGACCUUAGAAUGCUUCGAAUGAUACAAAAUGCUGAUGCUAGGGCAUUCGCUGAUAACAUAGGCGCUUUGUACUUUGAAUGCUCAGCUCUUUCUGGCGAUAAUGUCGAUGAAGCUUUUGCUGCAGCUGCAGCUGCAGGUUUAGAGUUCUUCCGCUCUCAGAAAGAGGUCCAAACACAAAUUGGACAAGCACAAGUAGUCCACCCACAGGCUAGCGACAAUAAACCACAACAAUCCGGAUGUUCUUGUUAA